UAAAAUACAUACAGCGUGUAAAACGUGUAAAAAUUAUUGCAUACUUUCAAUUGUAAAGCAAUCUUCUUGUUAUGAAGUUCCAAUUAUUCAUCCUCUCUGCUCUGCUCGUCAGCGCAUUCGCUUUACCCGUGCCCGAUGAGGAAGUGUCUCCGGUAGUGCAGGCGGCGCCACAAACCCAAGAAAAGAUCGGUGAUUUGCAAAAGGCAGAGGAAAAGAUUAUCGAUGCAGUCAAGCCUAUCGAGUCGCGCGCUGCUGAAACUCCUGCUGCCGCCGCCGCCACACCCAUCGAGGAGAAAAAACUGGAAAAACCUGCAGAACUUCCAUUAAACGCGCCCGAUUCUGAAUUGAGCCUAAGCUUGCCCGCCGAGAAGAAGGACGAGAAGAAGGACAAACAGACUCGCGCUGACAAUCCGCUGGAGGAGGCCAAGGCACUGCCUGUAGUUGCUGCCGCACCCGCUAGCGUCGCCAUUGCCGCCGCUGAGGAACCGAAGCAGGCCGAGGAAACUAAGCCUCUGAUCGCUCUUGCGGAACAAGCUAACAUUGAAGGCAAAUCUACCAUCAUUGCUGAAGCAGUACCAGCCGAACAGAAAAAAGAUGAACUCUCUGCCGCUGAGGAAACGCCCGUGGUGAAAACUGAUGCCGCCCCAGCUGCCGCGGCCGCGCUCGCCUCAACUGAUGCAGCUCUAUUGGAGGCCAAAAAAGAGGAAACUCCCGCACGUCAAGAACGCGUUGGUGAAGCUGUAAACGAAGUGGACGCUAAGGGUGUGCCCGCUGCACCAGCUGUUGUAGAUGCAGUGCCAGAAGUUAAGAGCUUGCUCGCUGAAGAAUCUGCACUCGCUGCCGUCUCCACCGCCGAUGCUGCGCCAGAACAACCCACCGAUACUGAAAAAUUACAACAACCAGAAGCUGUUAAGGAACAAUUGAAAGCUGCUGCCUCCGAGCCAGCUGCUGAGAAGGCGGCACUAACGGCGCAAGCGCCAGCCGGAGACAUUCUCCAACAAGCAAGUGAAGAGAGCAGCGCCAAGGCAUUGAAGGCUGAGGAGCCAACACAACUAUCCAUUGCCGCACCCGCCGUACCAGAAGGCAAAAAAGUGGAGGAAGCCGCAGCCGCCGCACCUGCUCCAGUUGAGUUGCAGCAAGAGCAACAAAAAGAAAUCAAGCCCGAGGUAAAAGAAAGCGAGCCCAAGACAUUGGAGGAAAAGAAACCCAUUACUGAGGCUGAGAAACCAAGCGAGAGCAAGAAAUCUGAGGGAUCCAAGAACGCCGAUUCAUCCGGCUCUUCCGAAUCAAAGGAAAGCAGCGAAUCCAAGGAGGACAAAUCAGAUUAGACAUCUAAAUGAUAAGAUCAAAUACCUCCCCUCCAUAAGUUUACAAAAACAAAAAAAAUUUAAAUAAAAUAAUAAUUUGACAACACUUCAAGACAGCCAUUAAUCGGGAAUGGAUUAUGCAAAAACAAUACGACCGACGUAAAGUGGUCACAAACUCAACGCUCUUAAUAAUAUUUAGCUAGUUAUUUUAGUUGUAAAAACUAUUUAGAAAGAAACUAAAUCAACAAAACGGACAAAACGAGGGACCGAAUUACUAAUAUUUACAAUAAACAAGGCAAGCAUUAGUACCACAUAGGCAGUGAUAACAAAAACACGGCAGUUAUAAAACAACAAUACAAGUCAAGAACAGUUAGAUGCCGAGAUGACAAACGGGCACGUUGACUGACGACGUCGACCGCAGAUGCAGACAUCGCCUUGAGCGUCGUCUAGAUUUGUCAUCGGCAAAUUCAGAGGUAUUCCAGUCCUCAACAGCAUUAAAUACCGAAACAAAGGUUAACAUCGCUAACAGUGGAGCAAAUGUAAGGACAAACCAAGAAGAUGGCACACACAAGCAGUAAUACUUACACAAGUAAUUAUGAUACAUACUACAUACAUACAUACAUAUGUAUGUGUAUAUCAUAAAUUAUUUACAUAAAUCAAAAUAACAUCUAAGCUUAAUUAAAUUAAAAAAAAAAGAACAUACAAUUAAAUCUACAUACAACACGCUGUAGGGUGAUGUUAGAGUCGAGGGAAUAUCUAAUUUUAAUGAUGUUAUAAGUAUUGUACGAGUAGUUAUUGCACAAAACUACUUUUAAGUUUUUUAGCCACUCCGAAUUGGUAGAAGAAAUACAUUGCACACACGCACACAUACAUAUGCGCACGUAUUUAUGUAGAUACGUACGUGUGUGGCGAUAACCCUAGCAUUCAGAAUUGAAAAGCAACUCGACAGCAGAAUCCGACAAUCCGACCCGCUCAAUAAAAAUAAAUAUAUCUACAUACAAUAUUUUAAAUAAUAAUACGAUACACCAACAUACAUACAUACAUACAUACAAACGUUAGAUAAUAUUGUGGAUCAAUUACGUUUAAUUUUAUAAAUUAUAUAUAUGUACGUUUUAAUUUUAUGAAAAAUUUCUGCUGGCACUUGCAAGUUUUCAAGUUUUUUUUUUGGUCUUCAAUUAUCUAUGCGCUUUUAUGGUGGCUGCGACUUUCAAUUACAUUUCGAACAAAAACGCACUUUGGUGUAAUUGAAAUGUUGUUGGAGAC